AUGUCCACUCCAGUUGACACCUCUUUGACUGGUCUCAAGGCAUCCACUGCCCAGAUCAUGGCCAUCAUCAGCAGCACCCAGCAAAUUCCCCCAGAUCCCAGCCACUUUGCUCUGACAUCACAGGUCAGUUCACUUGUGGCUCAUGUAGUCAAGGACUAUGGGUCUGGACCCCUACCCAGCAUUGUGCUUUCAUGCUCAAAGGAGCUAUUGCACAUCCAGGGCAUGACUCCCCAGCUCCUUGCCUGGGAGGUCUUAGGUGACCAUACCUUUGAUCUCCCAGUUGCUGCUCCUCCCUCCACAGGUCCAAUUCCAGUGGACCUUCCCUCCCCACCCAUCCACGCUGGCAAUGUCACCAGUCCCUCCACCAGCACCACCACCAAGUUCUGGGACAAGGGGAAAGGUAAGGCCAUUGAUGCUGACCCAGAGCUUGAGGUGGAAGGGAGCUGGAAGAGGAAGUCUCCCAUGAUUUCAGGACUCUCCUCCCAACUGCCAAAGUCUGUGAUGAAGACUCACAAGCAUGUGAAGUCCUCUCACUGGGUGAUGUCCAAGCCCCAAGUGGACUCAGAAGAUGAAGAAGAUGUGGGUAUUCAGCCAUUUUCAGGUGGAGUUCCAACCAAAAAGCCCUUUGGCCCUACUACAGCAAUUGCCAGCAGUCACCUGGUGGUCAUCAAGCCCUCCCAGCUGACUCCUGAAAGCCUGGUGGAGGCACCCCCAGUCAUUGAUGGAGGUGAUAUUCUCAUUCCUGGACCAGUGAAACAACCCAUGCCAGGUUUGCACCAAGCUAAAGUGGGAAUGCACAACUUGAUUGGACAAGAGGACUGGGAAUCUGUGUAUGUUGUGUGUCUGCUGCACAACAAAGAAGGUCAAGUGCAUCCUGGCAACUAUGGGUAUCCUGCUGAAAUGCAGUUCAUGGGUCCUCUACCACCUGGAACACAAGGUCCAGGACACCCUCCAAGGCUCCCUCCAAAGCUCCCCCCACCUCCCAAUCCAAGGCCUGGACUUGCAACCCAGACAUGUGGUCACAGCAAGACCAUCACUGCCAUCAAGGCACCUGCACCUGCACCAGGUUCACUUCCAUCUUUGAGUUCAGCAGCCCCUGCUCCAGCACCUGGUCCAAGAGUCCCUGCUGCAGCACUUGACCUGUCCAUGCCAGAUCUCCAUGCCAUGGCAAUUGUGAUUUGGGAUGGCACAGCUUGCAUUACCAUUCUCAAGGCUCAUGUGACAGAGCAGGAUGGUAAGAUUGAUACCCUGCAAUGCCUCCAUGAAGGCCUUAGGUGUGAAAUCAUUGACCAGCACCCUGCAUUCCCACUUCCCAAACCUCUGGCCAAUGCAACAUCCUUGUUGCUUGAUCAAUCCAUCCCCCUGUCUAUGUCACCAUCCACAUCUGCACUCCCUCCUCUCAUUGAUCUCUCAAUUGGAGAGAUGAUGACCACACCCCUGAAAUUCAAGGAUGCCUCUGCCAUUGAGGGCCUCUUGUUUGAGUACAACCAGGUUGUUCAACCAGAGGUUCCAGAUACAGUCCAGUGA